AUGGCAACCCAAGAGGAGCUGGCAACACUCUUCCAACAACAGUUCUCUCUCCAACCUCAAUCCACAUAUGUUGCUCCUCCCCCUCAAGUGCAACCCAAGCAAGUCGAGGAACCAUACGUCUACUCCAUCUCGCGCCAUUACCACCACUCCACCCAUGUCGUCCCUCAUCAGCCCGCAAGACCUGCCUCUGAGCCCCCGCAGACCGACCAGCUCACCACAGAGAUCAUACUUGGUCGCCAUGGAGUGGACGUAAUGAAUCUCUUCCCCUCUCAGAUCGACCUCUUCAAGACCGCAGACGCCUCCCAGCAAAUGCGGCUGAUCGAGCUCUGGAGAGCAGCCCCACCCAACUACGGUGGACACGCUUUGGCACAAGACUUGGGCAACUGGCCAUCCACCUCCUUCCAACAAGAAGAGGCUAUGGCGAAGCUGCGGUAUGAAAGACAGAUGCUCGAGGAGCGUAUGGCGCGGGCGGGCGGAGACGCACAAGGCAUUAUUAGUAUGGACGGAGCUGAGGAUACCAUGAGCGAUGCUAGCACCACUGCGCCUCUCACACCCAUCACAGGAGGAGAUGGCCGGUGGUCGACUGCUGAGCCAUACAUGCAGUCCGGCUACGAAGCUCUUGCUCAGCGGGAGUAUACAACCUCUGCUUCCCAGUCGAAUGACACAUACUCGCACUUCGGGUCGGCAGUUGGAGGACCAACUUACAAACAAGCAACUGACCCUGUCUAUAAUAACAUGGAAGAUGUUCACAAAAAUCCAAACAUUGGUGGUGGCUGGGCAGUUCUCCUCGAGCAGCGACAGCAGGCCAUGGAGAACCAAUACGGAGCAUACGAUCAACACUACCACCACAACGUUGACGGCGUCACUAUAGCAGGAUACCAAGGCGAAGACGAAGAGAUGUUGUAG